UUCCAUAUCGACUUAUAAAUAUAUUAUUUCACGAGGUAUGCUGUAUUGGGGGAUACGAGGGAUACGUGAAAUGGUUAAUAAAAUUACCAGUUGCGAAGGGUAGAAUUAUGGGAACACAUGCAUGUGGAUAUCAACAUCUAAGAAAUUCGAUCCGCUACAGCAAGGCUAUAGACUGUCGACAUUUGCCAGUCAGUCUAAAGAUUUUGGUGCUUGCUAUACUUAUCAGUUGUGAUUGCUUAAAGUGAUAUAAAAGAAGAUAAUAUUUUAAAAAAUGCGCAUACUUAACUUGCUUUUUAUACUUUUAACGAUAUGUGGAUGUUGGCGACCAAAUUCUUGGUCAUCACUGUAUAAACGUGUAGCGUACUAUGUGUAUACAAGCAUAAUAGUUUUCAUAAUAAAUACCUUUAUACUAUCGCUAUUAGUAGAAAUGACUCUAAUAAUGGACAAUACCGAUGAGUUUUGCGAUAAUUUCUUUUUACUAAUAGACCUGUUUAAUACUUUCUUUAAAGCAUUCAUUUUGCUUAUAAAUCGCAAAAACAUUAGUAUGCUAAUCGAUAUACUGACAAAGAAACCAUGUGAACCGUCGACAUCGGCUGAAAUAAAUAUUGUCUAUAAAUUCGAUAAAAGUAUAGAAAAUACUACUUGGUACUACGUAUAUCUGGAGGUGAUAGCAUAUUUAUGGAUGGUGCUAUCUCUUUUAAUCAAUAACUUCAGAAAUAGAAUAUUACCGUACAGAGCAUGGUUCCCAUUUGAUUAUUCGUCAACGUUUCGGUUCUCUCUGAUGUUCACUUAUCAACUGAUAGGUAUAGCUGCGGCAAACAUCAUUAAUAUUGCUUGCGAUUCUCUCAUCUGGGGAUUAUUAGUCCAUAUUUGCUGUCAAAUUGAGAUCGUAACUCAUCGCUUGAGAAGAAUUAUAUCUCAUUCAAACGUUCUUCGCGAUUGUGUGCAUCAUCAUUAUGAUAUAUAUAGGCUUGCGUUUAUCGUAAAUGAAAGGUUUAGACUGACUAUUGCUAUGCAAUUUAUAACAACUACAUCGGUGGUAUGCUUUUGCUUUUAUCAAUUAAGUAUAGCAACAACGAAAGCCAGACAUAUUGAAAUUAUAUCAUAUGUAUCUGUUACUUUGAUUGAAAUCUUCUGCUAUAGUUGGUAUGGGAACGAAUUAAAGACAAAGAGUCAACAAAUGAGUGACAAUAUUUACGAAAUGGAGUGGCUGACGUUGGACAAAAAUAAUAAAAAGUCUUUAAUGAUAAUAAUGAGGCGAACAAUUGUACCUAUUCAGAUUACUUGUGCUUACAUUGUUCCCAUGAAUCUUAAUACAUUUAUGGGUAUACUUAAAACGUCUUAUUCUUUUUACAACUUACUUAUACAAAAUGUGUAAGUGUGAUUUUAUGAGAGACUGAUGGACUUAAAGCACUACUCAGAUAUUAAUAUUAAAUCUGAGAAAAGGCAAGAAAGGAAGAAAGAAGAUAGUAUAUUUGCAAUUAGUAGUAACAAUUAGCAUUAUAGUUAUUGUCACCUAACACACUACAUUUAAUGUAUCACCUUAUUAAAGUAGA